UCAGCCCAGCUGUGCUUGCAAGCGGCUACAUAACCACGUCCGGAGAGAAGUGCAUCAACUAAUCUACUAUCGCAAACGUGUUUAGCUGUAGAAUAUGUCUACCUCACGGACAGUCAUAUGUUUGCUGAGAAAUGACUUGCGUCUUCACGACAAUGAGGUGUUUCACUGGGCCCAGAGGAAUGCUGAACACAUCGUUCCCCUGUACUGUUUCGACCCUGGUCAUUACCUAGGGACAGCGAACUACAACCUGCCCCGUACCGGCCCCUUCCGUCUGCGCUUCCUUCUGGACAGCAUCCAGGACCUCAGGACCAGUCUGAUACAGAGAGGCAGCACCCUGGUGGUGAGACGGGGCAGGCCAGAGGAGGUGGUUAGUGACCUCAUUAAGCAGCUAGGUUCUGUUAGCGCUGUGGCCUUCCAUGAAGAGGUGGUGCCAGAGGACCAGCAGGUGGAGAGAGGAGUGAGGGACAUCUGUUCUCAGAUGAAGGUUAAAGUUCACACCUGCUGGGGGUCGACACUGUACCACCGAGACGACCUCCCGUUCAACCACCUAUCCAGGUUGCCUGACGUAUAUACCCAGUUCAGGAAGGCAGUGGAGACCCAGGGCAGGGUGAGGCCGGUUUUGCCCACCCUAGACCAGCUGAAGCCUCUCCCCCCUGGGUCAGGUCUGGAUGAAGGCCCCAUCCCCUCCCCAGAAGACCUGGAGCAGACAGAUACUGUUAGGGAACCUCGCUCUGCCUUCCCCCACAGCGGGGGAGAGACUCAGGCCCUGGCCAGACUACAGCAUUACUUCUGGGACACGGACGCUGUGGCUACCUACAAGGAGACUCGUAACGGCCUGAUGGGAAUGGACUAUUCCACUAAGUUUUCCCCUUGGUUGGCUAUAGGCUGUAUCUCCCCGAGGUAUAUCUACCAACAGAUCAAGAAAUAUGAGAGUGAACGAACAGCCAAUCAGAGCACAUACUGGGUGGUGUUUGAGCUGCUCUGGAGAGACUAUUUCAAGUUUGUAGGAGCCAAAUACGGAGACAGACUGUUUGACAUCAAAGGCCUUCAGGACAAGUCCAUCCCUUGGAAGAAGGACAUGAAUCUGUUCAAUGCAUGGAAAGAGGGUCGUACCGGGGUGCCGUUCGUUGAUGCCAACAUGCGAGAGCUGGCGCUGACGGGGUUCAUGUCUAACAGGGGGCGCCAGAACGUAGCCAGCUUCCUCACCAAGGACCUGGGACUGGACUGGAGGAUGGGGGCUGAGUGGUUCCAAUACCUGUUGGUGGACCAUGACGUGAGCAGUAACUAUGGCAACUGGCUGUACAGCGCGGGGAUAGGAAAUGACCCGAGAGAAAACAGGAAGUUCAACAUGAUCAAACAAGGACUCGACUACGACAACAACGGGGACUAUGUUAGAUUCUGGGUCCAAGAGCUCCAGGGGAUCAGAGGGGGGGACGUCCACACCCCCUGGACCCUUAGCUCCGCCUCCCUGUCUCACGCACUGGUGACCCUCGACGAGACAUACCCUUCCCCCAUCGUCAUGGUGCCAGAAUGGAGUCGCCAUGCCAACAAGAAGCCGACUGGUGCCGGCCCCUCGGCCAGAGGAAAGAAGGGGCCGUCCCACACCCCUAAACAACACAAGGACAGAGGAAUAGACUUCUACUUCUCCAAGAGCAAGAACUUCUGAUGGAGCAGAACUGACUGAAAAGACUGACUGAACUGUUGGGCUUCCACAAGGCAAUGGUUUGAGCCAUCCCUGCUUUGGAUGGAUGGAUAGUGAUGUGUGUGUGGAGGUGUUUGUCUGAUGAAGAUUUUGUGGAACUUCAUGUGCCUGUAUGACCUAACCCUUUCUAUGAAAUAGACCUAAAAUACAUCUGUGAAAUUCAACUAAGAGUUGAGUUGACACUAUAAGGGGAAGGUGUAACUGGAAACACAAAGGCCUUUAAUAGGAGGGUCAACUUCCCCAUUGGCCUCGUCUUUAUUAGAUAACUGGUUAUUUUAUAUGAGCAGCAAUUUACUGACAGGGUUUUUUGUUUCUACACCUUCAUUUUGGUUUUGAGAAGAAUGAUGAUACAAAGUUGUUGUUUUACAAUAAUGGGCAAUAUUAGUAUAAUAUUAGUCAUUUCUGUUUUAUAUUGCCAAUGUUUCAUAUAAUGUUUUAAAUAUAAAUAUAUUUAAAUAAUGUAUAUUUACAUGUUACAAGGUAGUACCUCUAUUGGGUGUUUUUUACUCUACAGCAGCCAUAUCAUUAUCAUGGUUCAUAAUAAACAUGUUCUGAGGUCA